AUUACGCUUGUGUGUGUUGGUGGCAACAACACACGCUCAAGGCUGAGUUGUUGAGACUGCGUUCCAACCACGUUCGUGUAGAGAGGGGGGGGCACCUUCACGACGACGCAUCGGUCUUACUAGAUUCUAGAGUCUCGUUUGACUCGGACAGGUGUUUGUGAGUGUCUAGUUCAGUGAUUUUUACCACGCGUCUUCUUUUGAUUUUUUAAUUUACUGCUCAAUUGGAAUUUUCGCUUCUCUACAAUGGCCAGAUCUGGUAAGGUAGAGACGGUGAGCAUCUCGGACGGGGGAUCGUCAAGUCCCCCUAAUUGGUGCUUUUUCGGUUGGCUUCUGGCUCUGACUCAACUCUUGUUGCACGGCGCUCUUGGUCUGGUCCUCUUCUGGGUCAUCUACUAUCUUGAUGGGUUCGGAUGGCGCGACAAUCCCAAGCUACUAUUCAACUAUCAUCCAGUGCUCAUGGUCGGUGGAUUCGUCUACCUGUCUGGAAAUGCACUAUUGUCGUACCGUUCGUUUGGCUGCUGUCGUCACAUUUACAAGAAACUCUUUCAUACGGUGUUCCACAUUCUGGCAGUGCCGGCCAUCGUCAUGGGUUUCCUCACCGUGUGGGACUCGCGUAACCUGAGUGUUCCACCAAUCGCAAACUUUUGGAGCCUGCAUUCAUGGAUGGGUCUCACGACCAUGGGCCUAUUCGCCAUACAGGUAGUCAGAAUGUUGGUUGUCGGAUUCUUCAGCUUCUUGAUCCUAUUAUGCUGCGAGGCGAGGACCGCCGCUUUGAGGGCUGCCUUGGUUCCGGUACACGCCACAUUUGGACUCAUCACUUUCCUCAUGGCGAUCGCCACUUGCCUGACUGGGAUCACUGAAAAGGCCAUCAACAACCUGGGAGACUGGUAUACAGCAUUCCCACCUGAAGGAUUGGUUGUCAAUGUCUUGGGAGCUACAUUGAUGGGACUUGCGAUCCUAAUGCCGGUGCUGAUGCUUAUCCGAUGCCAACAGCGAGGGCCCUCGUCCAUCUCAUCUCAUUCUAGCGGCGAUCAAGACGAAGAAUCUGAGAGACUCUAAUGUGGUCUGCCCAAUCUCUCUCGUGUACACACACACAAAUUUGCAUGGCUUAUUACUAUUUUUCUCAUUCAAUCACAGAUUAGCGAAUACUGCUACUGUUUUCACAAAGGGACCGCCAUUUUUCAGUAACAAUUUCCUUUCUCUCUGAUAGAGUGUGUGUGGCUUGCAUGUUUGGGUGCAAAAACUUUCAUUAGAUAACUUGAAUUGUUAACAAUUAUCAUCCACACAAAACAGCAACUUCUUCAUAAUGUACAUAUUAUUCUAUCUAUCAACUUUUUUUUUACCUGUUAUUGUCAUCCAUUUUUACGAUUUAGAUACCGGUCAUCAUGCCACCCACCUAUUCGUUUGUCUCCCUUUUUUACAGUUGGAACGUUAUUUCUAUCUUUAUUCUACUCGUGAGAUGAGUCCUUGAAACAAAAAUUAAAUAAAAAACAAGUAAAAUUUGGCUGAUCUUAUGAGAUUAAAUACAAGCAAUUGUCAGACAGCCAA